AGGUAUUAUUCUUUUCCGCCCGAUCACCGAUUUUCCCUUCCAUUCUUUUCUGUCGAGCGAUAAACCAGAUAGGAAGCUGACUCUCUUUGAUUCUUCCGUCGUCAUUAUUGCUGGACAUCGCCGCCAUCUUAAGUAGCCGUCCUCUUCGUUCUUCCGUUCUCGCUCUUCGUGCAGCAACGCCGGCGGAAUUUGUAGUGGCGGUUCUUCAACCCUAAUUUCAAUUCCAUCGAUUAUCAAGGAGUGUGCGACCAACUUAUGGAGGCUUGCCACAAUUUGGGCUGGAAAACCACUUCUAAGGUUCAAGCCGAGGGAGAGAUAUAAUUGGGGUUGCAUAGACGGGCUAAGGAAAGACUGGAGGUUUUGCAAUUCCCAUAAUGCAAGCACUCCUAGCCUCUCGCAAAGCAUCCCCAGCCGAUCCGCCCAAUCCCUACGCGUUCUUUGCGUGCGUGCUUUCUCCGACUAGAGAACUUGCAGUUCAAAUCUGUCAACAAUUUAGUGCACUUGGAGCUGGAAUUGGUGUCAAGUGUGUAGCGGGUUCAACGGCUAAUCAAUCUGAAAUUAAUGACCUUACAAUUGAUGGUAAUACAACCCCUGAGGAAAGUCAUGAUGAUCGUUGGAACAAAGAUGAUGAAGUUGAGAGUGCCAACUUGAAGAUAUUUUCAGUGACGAGCAUUAAAGCUUUGGACUAUAUCUUCCAUAUCAAUGCGUAUUUUAAUUUAGUUCACUUUGACUGUUUAUACUUUAGCUUGAAACGUAUGCAAAUGAUAAACUAAUUUUGAGGUUUUGGUUUACUUUCUAGUAAAUGGGUUAGUUGUUAAUACAAGUAUGAAUAUUAUUUUUUAUUUGUCAAUAAUAUUCUUUGAUAUCACUUAAAUAGAGCAUGGUGGUGUGAACCAUGGUAUUAGUAACAAUUAUAAUAAAUGUUAAUGUUGGUC